GUAGUGAUUAGUGUUGUACUCAAGUAUUGGAGAUGACGGUUACUGUGAUUUUUAUUGCGGGAUAAUUUAUUAAUGGAGAGAAUUUUGGAGGCUAGCUGUGUGAUUUUAGUGGUUCUAGGGGUCGUUUGGUCUCAAUCAGUUUCAGUGGAGGAUACUGAUUGCUCGAAAAGACCUUGUCACAAUAAUGGUGUGUGUGAUGAUAUCCAUGGGAACUUCACCUGUGUAUGCCCCCCGCAAUGGAGUGGGCAUUUCUGUGAAUUAGACACAAAUGAGUGCCUGAAGUCUCCAUGUGUACAUGAUGGGACCUGUACGAACACUCAUGGGGAUUACCAUUGUACCUGUAGCCCCAUCUGGGUCGGGAAGAAUUGCUCAGAGUUUAAACGAACAAUAUCCACAAACCCAAAGCCCACCAUGGAGAUUUAUCCGGCGAAAGAGAACAACACAGAAUUUGGAAACAGCACCAUAUAUACCAGCACCGGUGAUGUGGUCCUUAACACUGGCGAAAACUUCACCAUAGAGUGCUUCGGGGACUAUCCCAUCAAACUUAUCAUACAACGUGGCAGGAAUCAUGCUGAGGAUCCAAAUUUCAUGGGUAUGAACGUUUUGUCCCGUCCAAUUUCGGACACCUCCCAAAUGCCACGUCCCUUUGGAGCGAUAUUUCUCAUCAGUAACCCGGACUACAAGUACACAGGGGAGUAUUUCUGUCAGUAUCGUGACAACAAUAUCCACACCAGCAAAUACAUUUAUGUCAGAGAUGACAACAAUUUGCUGUUGGCAGAACAAAAAGCAUACCCAUUACUUCUAAAUACGUAUUCAUUCGUUCCAUUGACGAUACCCUGCAAUGUUUCUGACCCCAAGGCCAAGGUCAGGCUGCUACAGGCUGGGGCAAUUGAGGUUCCAGCUGAGGAAAACGCGAUCACAUAUGAUCCAAAGACGGGUUUCUUUGUCGAGUUUCCAAAUUUCAAGUUGGUUGGGAUGUUUCAGUGUGAGGCCACCAAGAACGAGAUUAAGGAUUUUCUCAAUGUUUAUAUUAUGUAUAAAGGUGAUAAUGCCCCACCUAGCCCUAUUCUCCUGCCCCCUGGAGACUUGGAGUUUGUUAAUGGGGAGGAUUUUGAACUCCGAUGUCAGGUUGAGGUAUCCAAGGAUGCAACAGUUACCAUGGAGUGGAGUUAUCAGUCGAAUGAGAACAGUGUCACUCUUCCUAUAAGUGCCUUAAUGCGAUCAGAUAGAGUCCGAGCUACUUCUGCCCAAAGGGAGGGAACCUACCAGGGAAAACAAAAGAAAUACGAUAUGUACUUCUCAAAUCUGACGGUGAUGAAUGGUCAGAAAAUGGACGAGGGCAUCUACACCUGUAAUGUCACUGUGGGCUUCGGACAACACAAGGCUGUGUCAAAAAAAGUCAUCCUCGUCGAUUCAGGGCACUUACAAAUACAGAAAUGUAUGAUUGGGACAACACCUGUGAAUCUGGCUAGUGACUGGAAGGUGUAUGUUGACAAAAAUAAAUUAGGAGUCCAGAUCUCUUGUCUGAUUAAGGCACAUCCCCACCCCCAGGUCACAUGGUAUUUCCGGGGAAAGGAAUUCAGCAAAUUGCAAGACCCAGUUCUGCGUUUGCAGUUCCAUCCAACCAAUCUAAAUGUAACAAGAACGCAGAUCAAUGCUUCGCUGACCAUUGAGAAGCCACGAGAGAAGCACGUGGGAUUGUAUGAAAUGGUCGUCCGGACAGGAAAUAUGACAGACUAUGCCAAAUUUGAACUUGUUUAUCAGUAUCCGCCUGAGGUAACAUUGAAAGGCCUACACAAAGAGACUGCCUACUACCUCCCUAACAGGCCCUACAAGAUAUGGGCAGAAGUGUCAGCAGUGCCCCCUGUGGACUCCAAGGUCUGGCUCUGGCAACCAUGCCAGGUGCCCCCUAAGUGCUCAAAGGUCAGGGAUCUCUGGGAGAAUUUCACAACGGAGGAUCAUUUACAAUUCCAAGAGUCUGGACACCUGAAAUAUCAUGCUGAAAACUCUAAAGGAUCAGGGAUGAAGGAAACCCUGAUUAAAGUUGCAGAUUAUGAGACUGGAUUAGGUAUGUUUGUACGUGACGAUCAAACGAAGAUUACAGAAACAUUUCCUCUGCAUAUUACAUGUACAGCAACACGAUGGGAGUACUUGGAUGUCAAGGUUGUCUUCCAGAGAGAUGGCAAGGGAUGGACUGACAUAGUCAUGAAAAAUGGAACCACACUAUUAUCUAAAAGUUCCAAUUUAUCGUAUAUUUCUGAGCUGCUGAUAGAAGACAUUUCCAGAGAGGAUGCUGGAUUUUACAGCUGUCGAGCCACGUACAUCAACUCAACACAGAAACACCUCAAAGACAAAAGAGAAAUCGAGGUUAUCGCUCUCCAAAAACCUGUAUUUGUCAAGAUCAGCCACAGUGACAGUCAGGUGGAAACAAACAGUGGUCACUCUUAUGUCUUGACCGACUGCAGUGCCAAGGGAGAACCAGCGCCCUCUAUACAGUGGUUCAAGGAUGGACAACUCCUGAAUCUCAACAAUAACUCAUUGGGUCUGAGUUUGUCUGCUGACAACACGAGCUUGAUAAUUAACCAGACGAGUGAGGAGCAUUCUGGGAUAUAUGUCUGUGUGGUGGAGAAUAUGGUGGGUGCCAUAUACAGGAACUGGACACUCAGAAUCAACACAUACUCAUCGUCUGCCAGGAGUGUAGAGUCUACAGUAGAACAAACCACCAUUGUCGCUGUUAGCAUCGCAGCUUGCAUCAUCAUUGUCAUAGUGAUAGGAAUUGCUGUCAUCUGUUAUCGACGGCGAUCAAACGCCCUGCACAAGGAACUUGAGCACCAACUUAUCCAACCCAACGGUGACUACAACCCAGACCUUCCCAUUGACGAACAAACCGGAUGUAUCCCCUACGAUCCCAAAUGGGAAUUCCCCAAAAAACGGCUCAGACAAGGCAUGGUAUUGGGACAAGGAGCUUUUGGCCGAGUCAUCAAGGCCGAGGCCAUUGGAAUUCAGGAACAUGAAGAUGUCACCGUAGUAGCUGUUAAAAUGGUCAAAGACUGUACCGACAGAGAUCAGAUGAUGGCGUUACUCUCGGAAUUAAAGAUCCUCAUUCAUGUGGGCCAACACCUCAACAUUGUUAAUUUACUGGGAGCAGUCACCAAAGACAUCAGAUACGGUGAGAUGUAUGUAAUUGUGGAAUACUGUCAUUUUGGAAACCUUCGAUCGUACCUACUGAAGCAUAAAGAAGAAUUCCGUGAUGUAAUGGAAGACUACAUGGAUCCCGCUCAGGAGAAGAAACGUGAAGCUGCCCGUGAAGCCGCAGCCAAUAAACCAUACUACAUGAACAAGGCUCAGAUUGAAAAUACUGCUGAUCUAGUGGGGCCCCCUCUGACCACGAAAAACCUCAUCUGCUGGUCAUUCCAGGUAGCGCGGGGCAUGGAGUACCUGGCCUCCAAAAAGUAUAUACACAGAGAUUUGGCAGCCAGAAAUGUUCUUUUAGCAGAGGACAACAUUGUUAAAAUCUGUGAUUUUGGAUUGGCUAAAGAUCUGUAUAGAAACCCUGAGUAUCAUAAGAAAACAGAUGGUCCAGUUCCUGUGAAAUGGAUGGCCAUCGAGUCUCUGACCCACAGACUGUAUACGACAAAAAGCGAUGUGUGGUCGUAUGGAAUAUUCCUGUGGGAGUUGUUUUCUCUGGGUGGCAGUCCGUAUCCUGGAGUGGAAAUUAACGAGAAGUUUAUCGGGCUCCUACAGGACGGGUACAGGAUGGAGAAACCUCGAUAUGCUUCUGAUGAAAUGUACAAGGUAUUACAGGCGACAUGGAGGGACGAUCCAGAGGACAGGCCUACUUUUACACAGCUCGCCUCCAUCAUGGGCGACUUCCUGGAAGAAAAUGUUAAACAGUAUUACUUGGAUCUUAGCGAGCCGUAUCUGAAGAUGGUGGAUUUAGAGGGUGGAGCUUGUGGAGGGCCCGACACCGAGGGCUAUCUCAAAAUGAGUGACAGAGACAAAACUGCCGACUACCUUAAAAUGGGACUGGCCCCUCCCCCUCCGGUGGACCAAGAGGAGCAUGAUGAGAAUGUGUCUUACGUGAAUGAGAAGAAGUGGAAAAAAAAGAAAGAGAAAGCGGAUUCGAUGGAACUACAGCCGCUGACAAAAGCCAUGGAGGCUGAAGAGGAUGUGCAGCUCCGAGUAAAGGAUCGUGAAAAUUCCCCCGCAAACAUAAACAUGCGGGUGGAUGUUCACAGAAGUGAUGACACAGACAGCGGACAUUCCAGCACGUAUGCCCCCGGUACACCUCCCGACAUCGGGAAUGACGGUUACCUUGUACCUAGUAAAAUGGGACCAGAUCAGACUCAGAUUUUUGUGUCAAACAACAAAUCUAGUCCUCCUAAGAACAAGUCAAAGUGCAGCGAGUUCACGAAGGAUUAUCACGAUCCUCCACCUACUUACUCGACAGUACUACAGGACAGCGACAUCGAUGUGUAAUGAUGUUACGUCUUCAUCUUGUGUUCAGUGAAUCAUGUUUAUCAGGUUGCGAGAGGUUUUAUUCACACAUGUUGUAAUAUUGCUCGAGGCCUUGUACUGUGUGUUAACUUUUCCUGUGUUUAUUACAGCCGAGAGAAAGAAGGUAAAGAUAACCAAUACCUUUCUUUCCUUCCAAAGAGUAUUCAAAAGAAAUCAAAGGUUAUCUCCCUUGAAUUAUAUGGUUGGGAUCUGUGCCUGAAUACAUGUACAUUGUAUUUAUAAAAAUCAUGCAUCCUCCAUUUUGACAAAAUGUAAGACAACUUUUCAACUUAUAUGUCUGAUUGAAAACGGUAGUUAAUGUGUAUCAAAAGUAGUAAUUAAGAUUAACAUUUUACAUAUCUGCAAUUGUGUCGAGGCAAGGCAUUUUGCUUUAUGGCAUUACACAGGUUUUUAGUUAGAGUUGCCAAUUUUGUUCACAGCAUUAUAUUUUACAGUGUAACACUGUGUGUGUCCGUGGUUUUAUAAUUAGAUUCUACUCUCAUGUUUUAUUGUGAGAACAUGUUGCUGUAAGAAAUGUUUUGUGUUUACAUGUUAUAAUGGGUCCACCAAUAACCCAGAAGUAUUCAGAAAAAAACCCUCAUCAUUCAUUGGUGCAUGGUAGAACACAUAUGGGUAUUUUCCCUGACAUUUGUUAAGGUUAGUCUGCAUUGUUAAUUGUUCAAUUCAAUUACAUAAAUCAAGAACUUGAAAAAACUCAGAUUAAUGUUAAUUGUUCAAUUCAAUUACAUAAAUCAAGAACUUGAAAAAACUCAGCUUAAUGUUAAUUGUUCAAUUCAAUUGCAUAUAUCAGGAAGUUGAAAAGACUCAGAUUAAUGUUAAUUGUUCAAUUCAAUUGCAUAUAUCAGGAAGUUGAAAAGACUCAGAUUAAUGUUAAUUGUUCAAUUCAAUUACGUAAAUCAGGAAGUUAAAAAUACUUUGCUUAAUGUUAAUUGUUCAAUUCAAUUACAUAAAUCAGGAAGUUGAAAAGUCUCAUCUUUCAAUUACAAAAAUCAGGAAGUUGAAAAGACUCAGCUCAAUUUCAUCAUAAGAAAGCAGAUCUUAUAGCAUGUGCCUUUUGGAAACAAAUUGACUGUUGAUAUAGAAAAUGCUCAUAUAUGUUUUUUUAAUAUGGUUUAUAGAGAUUUUUAAUUUUUUUUUCUGAGAUUUGUAAAUGGUGUAUUGAAGGUUGUUCAAUGGUAAGGUAGUUUUUAGUUCACCUGCACCCGAGUACCAGCUGUUUUCUAUUGUCUUUCCAUCUGUCUGUGUGUAUUUCACACGGUGACGGGUCACAUUUUCAACUUCUUCCUGUGAAGGUCAUGGUGUUACAAAUCACUGGAUAUUUCUGGCCUGGAGACUAUAAUUCGUAUUAGGUAUAUUUUCCAUCAGUAGGGACUAUCAUCCAUAAUUUAUUGAAUUAAAUUUUUAACACCAGGCAACAGAUUGACUGGUGGAGAGUAUUGAAGGGUUCAGCACUAAGAGAUUUCAACCAAAUAAUUUUCUAUGGGCCUCAUGCUCAACUGUUAGGAUUUUUAUGAUGAACUUAGAUUUUAACCAAGUAAUUUUCUAUGGGCCUCAUGCUCAUUUGUUAGGAUUUUUAUUAUGAACUUAUUUGACAGGAGACUUAAUUUCUUAUCUCUUCUGAUAAAUUCAAAACUAUUUAUGCACCACUUAUGAGUAGAGCAGAUCUAACAUCUAACCCUAACUGGAUUGAAUAAAGUUGGACAUUUUUACAGUCACACAGCAAUCAGCUGUAAUUGUCUCUGAGCAUGCAGGGUUCUUCCUAUACAACCCGUUAACAGUAUUUUUGAAUCUCUAUUUUUUUUUGCUCAUCCUUACUUCAACAAUAACCGAAAGAGACUGAAUUGUAGAUCUUAGUUUAGAUUGGACGUAUUUUGUACAGUGAUGUUUGAUGACAAAUGUAUUAGAUGUAGAUCUUACUUCUCUCCAAGUCUUCUACAAAACGACCAAACAUUUCUACAAUUUAACAUGCUUUGUAUUCUCAGAACAAAGCAGUUUUAACAUACAGUAUUUUUAUCCGUUUUAUAUUGAUUAUGCCUUCCAAAGCUUUGUGUGUCUGUGUUUUUACAUAUGCUGUAGAACUUCACUGAUCUCUGAGAGAUUUUUAAAAAACUUUUAUUAUGACUGUUGUAAUGGCAGUUUGUAUGAAUGACACCAGCAUUGCCAUUCGUAGAUUUUUUUAAAAAUGUUAUCUUUACUAGGAAUGAUAGGAAACAGCUGCUGUGCAAUAAUUCCUAUGGUUUAUAAAUCUUUGGAAAAUUAUACAAGACAAUUUUUUUUAUUAGAUUAUCUCCCCCCCCCAGUAUUUUUAAAGUAGCAGUCCAUUUAAGAAUCAGGCAAUAUUAGAAAUAAGCGAGUUACCUUAAAUGAACCUAUAAAUGAAUUUUAAAAUAUUACAAGUGUACGACACAAUGUGAUAACAACAUUUAUAUAAUACUAGCAUGAUGAUUGAUGGAGCUUACUUUUUGUACACACACUGUUUGUAUUGGAAAAUUGGUUUUCUCUGUCCUCUUUGUAUUAUAUUGUCUUCAUGUAAGGAAUGUACAUUAUAAACUACAAUUAGAAUUGCAAUACUUGAGCUUUGGGAACAAUCAAAAUAUCAUAGCCAAGUCCUCAAUAACCCCAUCAUUCUUACACGGACUGCUACUUUGAAACACUCGUCAGGUUACAAAUCAUGUAUGGAUUUUACCGAGUGUUUGAGUUGUAUAUUGUUUUGAACAAGUAAUGUACACGUUGAUGUUUGUACUUAGGCUGUGCUACAUAAAAAACAUAGCCUUUCUUGUAAAACUUGGGUACUGUAAUAACAUUCAUUUUCUUGAGGACAUCAUUUCCUGGUUUUCAUUUGUAUUCAAAUGCGAUUGGCUACUUUUUUGUGAUGUCAUAAGGCAUUCAUAGUCCUAUGAUUGCCUCUUGAUGAUACAUGCAAGUUUAAUAAUAGAAUAUAAGCAUUGAUCAAUAUCUACAAAAGAAGUCCCCAACGAAAAUUAUGUUUUUGCAGCACUUUCGAUUAACUCAGGUUCUGUAUAAAACCUGUGCCUUCAUAUUGCAUUCAUUCAUUGUUAGAUACCUCAUUUUUCUUCCAUGUAUAGUCUAGUCACUCAAACAAUAACUAGUUCUGUGUAUUUAUGUACAUCUAAACCAGACUACAAAUUCAUAACACAGAAAGAGAUACAGGUUGUGAAACUUCACAUCAAAGUAAAUGCAACACCUACAAAGUUAUACAUUACUAAAUGUUUUUCAGUAUAAAGGUAAACAAAAUUUGUUGCUCUUUAUUGUAUUUAGUACAAAUAUUUGUUGUUUUUUGUACAUAAAAAUGUUUUAGUAAAAUUUAAACUGCAAUAUUAAAACCUAUAUGUACAAUUGGA